AUGGAAUCUCAUGUGUUUGGGCUUCUGGUGUGGACUCUGAUUGGUGGGACUGAGUACCUCCAUAUUCCUGCACUGGGAUGGGUAAUGUUUGUGUCAGUGUUUUAUUGGGUGCUUACUGUCAUUCUCUUCCUCAUAUACCUGACUAUGGCCCACACCAGGAUUCCCCAGAUCCCAUGGACAAUUUUGGGAAUAUGCUUUAAUGGCAGCGCCUCUGUAUUGUACCUGACAGCAGCUGUGAUUUGUGCCAUAUCUUUGAAUGUGGCCAUUAGAGAGCGCUACUACUUCAUCAGCUGGGUGGCAUCAACGAUAUUUGCAUCACUGGCUAUGGUGUCUUAUGCAGAAAAUACAGUUGUGAAUUUCAAAUCCUGGAGAUCAAAAAGUGAAGAGACAUAA